AUGCGUCCCGAAAACGCUCUUUCGCUGCUCGUGGGGACAUGGUCACUGUUAAACAUCUCAAGCACCCAAAACGGCGUUCCCAACCUCGACCCCGGCCUCGGCCCCCACCCGACCGGCCUCGUGCACUACCACCCGGACGGCUACAUGGCCGCGGUGCUCGCCUCCACCACGCCGCAAGACCGCCCCAAGAACCUCACGUGGCAGGACCGCGCGCCGCGCGCCGACGCCGACUGGGCGCGCGUCGGCGAGCACUCGAUCGCGUACACGGGGCCGUACCGCCUCAACGCCUCCGUGCCCGUCGUCGCGACGGAGCGCGGCGUCGAGGGCCAGGUCGUGCACGGGCCGUUGGAUGUGGCGACGUUGCCGAGCUUCAUGGGGACGUACCAGCCGAGGGAUUUUGAGCUGGUGUUCUGUGGGGGGAAUAGGUCGGGUGGGGAGGGGAUGUUGUUGCAGUUGCAUUCAGAUCUUGGGAAGGGGACCAAGAUGAGCUUGUGGUGGGAGAAGGUUUGA